AGUCGUUCUCCUUCGUUCAGCGAAAUAAAUAGUAAUGUACCACCUUUGUUCAUCAUCUGCAGCACGUGUCAUUUACGUGGACUUUUCAUCUCUUCUAUUAUUCUCACGUCGGAGCAAGGCGACUUCAAUUUCUAAUCUUGUUUUCAGUUUGUCGAUCAAAUAGCGUUGAACUUGAGUCACAACAGAUUCGGACCUAAAUGUAAUGAAUCGCAAUGAUUCGUAUUUCA